AUGAAUUUUUGGUUGCAUAUAUUUGUAUUAUGCUUGCCAUUGGUUUACUGCAGUACCGUAAGGAAUGUUCAUCUUAUUGACCCCAUACCUUAUAUGAUUAAAUUAAUAACUGAAACAAUGAUUCGGAUGGAAGACGAAGGAUGGUGGAAUUUAAAAAUUCCUGACGUUUCAGAAGACGUUAAUGUGGAAGUUGUUGAAGAAAUCAUCAAUGGUACGGUCUGGUUCAAGAACGGCUUUGUUGUAUCUAUAAGACAAGUGGCUAUAGUGCAGCAUACUCUAGGACAGGUUUGGCGAUAUAAUAGCGCUGAAAAUACGACGACUGUAGAAAUCACGGGUACGAUGAGGAUGAACGACGUGACCCUCGGUUUUGAUGUGGAAGCAAGUCUGACAAAUGGGGUCCAGCACUACACUUCUGAAAUCGUUCUGCCGGAGAUUGCCUACGAUAUGAGAGUUAUUAGAGAUAUGUUCACCGACCGCAUUGAUGUAAGCAUUACUCCGUCUUUUUCAAGAACUAUAACAAACAGAAUGAAGAUAUUGCCCGCUACUAAUGUCGCGGAUAUUUUUGCGAGUUUGUUUGUACUAGAUUUUGUGGCUCCUGGUGUAAACUCGUGGACUUCGGAGUUUUUGCACCCAUUUGCGAAGGAUCUAGUCGAAAAUGUUCUAGUAUAUCCCACAAUUUGCUACGAUUGUCCUGCAUAA